AUGUCUGACAUACCCAUGGACAGCACCUCCAAUCCUACCGGUGCUGCCACCGGUGGUGUAUCUCAACUACCUAUCAACCUCUUUACCCGUUCUUCAUCAGAUGCUAUCCCGCAAUCAACCUAUUUCAUCCCUUCUUCAUGGCGUCGAUACCAACUUUCCGAACUUAUCAACAAAGUGCUUCAAAACAACGCCGAACAGGGUAAAAAACCUGUUCCAUUUGAAUUUCUGAUCAAUGGGGAAGUGUUGAGGGGGAGUUUGGAAAAUUGGGUAAAGAGAAAUAGAGGGAAUGAUGAGGAGACUACGAUAGAUGUAGAGUAUGUAAGGUCGACUUUACCUCCUCAGGAGGUUGGGAGAGUAGAGGUGGAAGAUUGGGUCAGUGGGUUGAGUCUGAGUAGGAAUGGAUACAUCCUCCUUUCAUCUUAUCUAUCUCAUCUACAAAUCCUCCCUCUCUCAUCCGCUUCUACUUCCUCUGCACUGUACACACUCCCUCUACCAACGUCACUGGGAGCCACCUGCUGUACAUGGAUAUCGCCCUCAUCUCAGGAUAAAGAUAUACUCCUAGCUGCAGGAGGUGUCGAUCGAUUGACGCACGUAUAUACCAUUCCAUCCUUAUCACCCGACAACACCACCGCUCCAAGGGAGCUAUAUACCUUGCAUGGACAUACCGGUCCGGUAUCAAGUAUAGUCGCAUCUUCAUCAGGUCAAGAACUAAUCAGUGGAUCAUGGGAUGGUGAUAUCAAUUUCUACGUUUUACCUUCCACAGAACCGGAAGACCAUCAAAUCCCUUCUGAACCAUUAUCCUACUUGCCCGGACAAAAUAACAAGAAACGUAGAAAGUUGGAAAAAGAAAAUCCCAGAGAACCUAUAGAGGGCCUGUUGGAUAAUGAUUCGACUGGUGUUGGGGGGUGGAGGAGGAUACCUGAUAAUGUGUUUAGUGCGCAUAAGGAUAAGGUUGGUGGAUUGGUAUGGGAUAAAUUUGAUAAUAACAAGUUCUGGUCGGCGAGUUGGGAUGGGUCUGUGAGAGGGUGGGAUUUGACUAUGGGCGUUAAUGAUGUGACGAGGCAAGGACCAUUUGAUAAAUCGGCAUUAUGUAUUGAUCAAUUCGCUGCGAAUGGUACUUUGGCAACUGGUAAUAUGGACAGGACAAUUUGCUUAUGGGACACAAGGCAGUCCUCUUCUCUAAUCUCCCUAACACUCCCAACCACCUCUCCCGUCCCAUCACUCAAAACCCACCCCACAUCGUCGUUCACUCUCGCCUCAGCCACCUAUUCAGGUAUCAUCCAAAUAUGGGAUAUCCGAUCACCCAAACAUUCCUUGUUCUCUGUAUCCAACGCCAACAGGAAGAAAGAAGAUGCCAGGAAAGUGACCAAGAACGGGAAAGUCCUAGGAGAGAGGUUGUUGGCUGUCGAUUGGAAUGGCGAGGUUCUGGUAGCGGGGGGUGAAGAUGGAGAAGUUGGUAUCUGGAAUGCUACGGGGGCUUAG